AUGCAGUAUGUCAGGAGUCUCAGUGGUUCGGUCUCAAAGACCUGGAAUUCGAUAAAUCCCGCUACACUAAGCGGUGCUAUCGACGUGAUUGUAGUCGAGCAGGAGAAUGGCGACCUCGCAUGCUCCCCGUUCCACGUCCGGUUCGGUAAAUUCUCGCUCCUACGGCCGUCCGAGAAAAAGGUUGAGUUCCGCGUGAACGGCGUGAAAACAGACUACCCUAUGAAGCUCGGCGACGGCGGCGAGGCCUUCUUCGUGUUCGAGACGAGCCAUGCCGUGCCGGCGGAUAUGCAGACAUCGCCGCUGGUCUCGCCGUCGGCGAGUCCUCGCUCAAUGGCCACCGUGCCCGAUCCGACGACGUUACAGGAGCCCGACUACCUAAAUAUCGGCGAUGGCGCCGGUCUGGACAAGGACUUUGAAGGGGCCCUGCCAAUUAACCCCAGAAGGGCGCAGAGCGAUCUCGGAGGACUUACGCCGCUGAGCUCGUCACCGGAGAACAACCGCCCCGCGAGCGGCGAUUGGAGCGGCGCUGCGGUGCACCUGGAGCGCAGCGCGUCGGAGGAUAUACUCCCAAGCAGCAAUCGGCGGUACACGCUUUCCGGGAAUGGCGGGGGUCCGGUGCGCACGCGGUCGCCCCCGCCGCUCGAGCACGCUGCAGCGGUCGAGCGGGCGUUGGCGCUGUCGCGGAAGCUGUCGAUCAGUAAUAUCCCCACGCACAUCACCGACAAGGGUGACGUCAUGUUGGACAUAAACGGGUACAACCUCGAUCAGGAGGAGUCGCUGCAGGCUGAGAUGAUUGCGCGCAAGAUUCUUGCCGAGGAGCUGGACGGCGACUAUGACAUUGGGUCACUGAUCGCGGCCGACAGGAACGGGAACCUGUGGAUCUACUCGAGCGAGGAUGCAAAGGAGCAGGCGAGCCGUGAGGACGGCGGCAUUUCGCACAUGUAUGAGGCCGUGUCCGAUCAGGGGUAUUCGUCGGACGAUGCAAAGAGCGAUUCGUCCUCUGGGUAUGGGAGCACGAGAAUACAGAGAUUGUCGACGCCGCCUUCGACACCCCCGCUGCCGGGGCAGGAGACUACCGAUGACUCAGUGAAGAAUUACGCAAAGACUCUGAGGCUCACAUCGACGCAGCUCAAGAGCUUGAACUUGAAGCCGGGGGCGAAUGAGAUCAGUUUCAGUGUCAACAAGGCAACUUGUACUGCUUACAUGUAUGUCUGGAAGCACGAUGUUCCGAUCGUGAUUUCAGACAUUGAUGGGACAAUCACAAAAUCUGAUGCGCUGGGCCACGUCUUGACCAUGAUUGGUAGAGAUUGGACGCACCUGGGAGUAGCAAAGCUCUAUACCGACAUUGCAGCAAACGGAUACCAUCUGCUUUAUCUGACCAGUCGGGCUGUAGGGCAGGCAGACACCACGCGGAAUUAUCUUAACGGGAUUGUACAGGAUAAAUACAAAUUGCCAAAAGGACCGGUGAUCAUGAGCCCGGAUCGGACGUUUUCCGCUUUGAGAAGAGAGGUGUAUCUGCGCAAGCCCGAAGUGUUCAAGAUGGCAUGCCUGAGGGAUAUCUUGAAUCUGUUUGGGCAGAACCAUAACCCAUUUUAUGCGGGUUUUGGAAACAGGCUUACGGAUGCGCUGUCCUACCGUUCCGUCAAGAUUCCCUCGACCAGGAUCUUCACCAUCAAUUCGUAUGCCGAGGUGUCACUAGAUCUACUUACGCUCACAACGUAUAAAAGUUCAUAUGUAAACAUGAGGGACCUUGUGGACCACUACUUCCCGCCCGUCGGGCUACUGAGCCAGGAUGAGCAGUACACGGAUUUCAACUACUGGCGCGAGACCAUUCCCGAUCCGGAGGACUUCUCGGACAGCGAAGAGGAAAACGACGAGGAUGACGAGGAUGAGGAGGAUGAGGAGGAAGAGGAAGAGGGUGAGAUGGGCGAGAGCUACUAUGAGUCCGAGCACGGCAUGGGCGAGAGCUACUACACAGAAAACGCCGAGGACGGCGACGGCGAAGAGGAAUAUGACGAUGAAGAAGAAGAAGCCGAAGCCGAGGUUGAGGCCGGGGCCGAUAAUGCCGAAGACGACGAGGAAGAGGGCGAGCUCGAUGACGACGAGGAUGUCAAGCUCGCGGAUAACCAUGUCGAGGACCAGGACGAUGUAGAAAAGGCGAAGGAGCGGAAGUCCAUUGCCUCCAAGAUCCCCGGUCUGGGUCUUGGCAAGAUUGGGCUCAAGAUGGAUAUCGACCAGGGGAGGCUGCACCAGGCCGUUGAAUUCGUCGAGAAGGAGAUGGGCGGCAUUGCCGACGAGGUUGUCCGUGAGAUCCAGGUGCUGACAGAGAAGAAGGAGGAGCCCAAGACGGAGGAGGAGAAGGAGCCGGCCGGUGAGGGCAUCGGUAUCUAA